AUGAGUUCGUCGUUAACUUUUGUUAACUACUACAGAAAAGCAAAGCACUCUGCGCCAUCUUGUAUCGGUUUCGAUUUUCAACGAGGACACCGCAGCUCGCCGCAUAAGGCAAAAGUGCACGGGCACACUAUCUUACCAGCUCCGAAGUCUGAACAGAAUUUAACCCAACAGCAAAACUCUCCGACGAGAAUAGAUGAAGAAAGGCACAAAUUCCAAAGCGCCUUUCAGACAUCCCAUGUAAACGCCGGGAUUCUGGAAAACGGUGAGAAACAUGCAGCGAAAGAAGAAUGCAUAAUACGUCGAGCCUAAGAGGAAAACCGUUAAAUUAAUAAUCAUUAAUUAAAAGAAUAUGGAUCUACAAAUAAUGUGUACAGCGCUUCAAGUGCGUUUAUGUCAAACCAAAGAUAUCCAUCUACACAACAGUCGUGCAUAUCAAUCACAUGGAUAAAUCUGUUGACGAACAAUGGAGCGAGCAGGGUGAAAGGUGAAAGAUGAAUUGGAUGCUGCAAUAUCCAUGCUGUUUGUUUAUGCUCUCAAACCUUGGUG